CGCCGCCGCCGCCACCGCCGCUGCCGCCUGGUCCAGAGGAACCAUGGAGGAGGUUGUGAUUGCUGGAAUGUCGGGGAAGUUGCCCGAGUCGGAGAACCUGCAGGAGUUCUGGGCCAACCUCAUUGGUGGUGUGGACAUGGUCACAGACAAUGACCGGCAGUGGAAGGCAGGGCUCUAUGGUCUGCCCAGGCGGUCUGGCAAGCUGAAGGACCUGUCCAAGUUUGAUGCCUCCUUCUUUGGAGUCCACCCCAAGCAGGCGCACACCAUGGACCCCCAGCUUCGGCUGCUGCUGGAGGUCACCUAUGAGGCCAUUGUGGAUGGAGGCAUCAACCCGGCGUCGCUGAGAGGGACACACACUGGUGUCUGGGUGGGUGUGAGUGGCUCCGAGGCAUCGGAGGCCCUGAGCCGGGACCCUGAGACGCUCCUGGGCUACAGCAUGGUGGGCUGCCAGCGAGCCAUGAUGGCCAACAGGCUCUCCUUCUUCUUUGACUUCAAAGGGCCCAGUAUCGCUCUGGACACAGCCUGCUCCUCCAGCCUGAUGGCGCUGCACAACGCCUACCAGGCUAUCCGCAGCGGGGAGUGCCCCGCUGCCAUCGUGGGUGGCAUCAACGUGCUGCUGAAACCCAACACUUCCGUGCAGUUCAUGAAGCUGGGCAUGCUCAGCCCAGAGGGCACCUGCAAGUCCUUUGAUGACUCAGGAAACGGGUAUUGCCGCUCGGAGGCUGUGGUAGCAGUUCUGCUGACCAAGAAGUCCCUGGCCCGGCGGGUAUACGCCACCAUCCUGAAUUCUGGCACCAACACCGAUGGCUACAAGGAGCAAGGUGUGACCUUCCCCUCUGGAGAGGCCCAGGAGCAGCUCCUCCACUCCCUGUACAAGAUGGCUGGGGUGGCCCCCGAGUCCCUCGAGUACAUUGAGGCCCAUGGCACAGGCACCAAGGUGGGAGACCCCCAGGAGCUGAAUGGAAUCGUCCGAGCCUUGUGCACCUCCCGCCAGGAGCCGUUGCUGAUUGGGUCCACCAAGUCCAACAUGGGACACCCUGAGCCUGCCUCUGGGCUUGCAGCCCUGGCCAAGGUGCUGCUAUCCCUGGAGCAUGGGCUUUGGGCCCCCAACCUGCACUUCCACAACCCCAACCCUGAGAUCCCCGCUCUGCAAGAUGGGCGGCUCCAGGUGGUAGACCAGCCCCUGCCCAUCCGCGGUGGCAUCGUGGGCAUAAACUCCUUUGGCUUUGGAGGCUCCAAUGUACAUGUCAUUCUCCAACCCAACACGUCCCUGCCCCCAGUGCCCGCUCCCCAUGCCCCUCUGCCCCGCCUGCUGCAGGCCAGUGGGCGCACCGCAGAGGCUGUGCAGAGCCUGCUGGAUCAGGGCUGCCAGCAUGGCCAGGACAUGGCCUUUGUGAGCAUGCUCAACAGCAUCGCACCCACCCCUGUGGCCACCAUGCCCUUCAGGGGCUAUGCUGUGCUGGGUGUCGAGGAUGGAGGCCGGGAAGUGCAGCAGGUCCCCCCUGGUCGGCGCCCACUCUGGUUCAUCUGCACAGGGAUGGGCGCACAGUGGUGCAGGAUGGGGCUGAGCCUCAUGCGCCUGGGCAGCUUCCGCGACUCCAUCCUGCGCUCUGAUGAGGCAGUGAAGCCAUUUGGAUUGAAGGUGUCAGACCUGCUCCUGAGCACAGAUGAAAAGGUCUUUGAUGACAUCGUCCACGCCUUUGUGAGCCUCACUGCCAUCCAGAUUGCUCUUGUGGACCUGCUGACCUCCAUGGGCCUGAGACCGGACGGCAUUGUGGGGCACUCCCUGGGGGAGGUGGCCUGUGGCUAUGCCGAUGGCUGCCUCUCUCAGGAGGAGGCUGUGCUCUCUGCCUACUGGAGAGGCCAGUGCAUCAAGGAGGCCCACCUACCGGCGGGCUCUAUGGCAGCUGUGGGCCUAUCCUGGGAGGAGUCCAAACAGCGUUGCCCCGUUGGCAUAGUGCCCGCCUGCCACAACUCUGAGGACACAGUGACCAUCUCGGGACCUCAGGCCGCCGUGAGCGAGUUUGUGGAGCAGCUGAAGCAGGAGGGUGUGUUUGCCAAGGAGGUGCGGACGGGCGGCUUCGCGUUCCACUCCUACUACAUGGAGGCCAUCGCCCCGUCGCUGCUGCAGGCCCUCAAGCAGGUGAUCCGGGAGCCCAAGCCGCGCUCCACCCGCUGGCUCAGCACCUCCAUCCCCGAGGCCCAGUGGCAGGGCAGCCUGGCCCGCACCUUCUCCCCCGAGUACAGCGUCAACAACCUGGUGAGCCCGGUGCUGUUCCAGGAGGCGCUGUGGCACGUGCCCGAGAACGCCGUGGUGCUGGAGAUCGCACCCCACGCCCUGCUGCAGGCUGUGCUGAAGCGGGGCCUGAAGCCCAGCUGCACCAUCAUCCCGCUGAUGAAGAAGGGCCACGAGGACAACCUGCACUUCCUCCUCACCAACGUCGGCAAACUGCACCUGGCAGGCAUCAAUGUCAACCCUGAUGCCCUGUUCCCGCCUGUGGACUUCCCGGUUCCCCGGGGAACCCCCCUCAUCUCCCCCCUCAUCCAGUGGGACCACAGCCAGACCUGGGAUGUUCCGGCCACAGAGCACUUCCCCAAUGGGUCCAGCUCCACCUCUGCCACCGUCUAUACCAUUGACACCAGUCCCGAGUCUCCUGACCACUACCUGCUGGACCACUGCAUUGAUGGCCGCGCCCUCUUCCCUGCCACUGGCUACUUGUGCCUGGUCUGGAGGACGCUGGCCCACCGCCUGGGCCUCUCUCUGGAGCAGGUACCAGUGGUGUUUGAGGAUGUGACACUGCACCAGGCCACCAUCCUGCCCCGGACAGGGACGGUGCCCCUGGAGGUGCGGCUGCUGGAGGCGUCCCGUGCCUUUGAGAUCUCUCAGAACGGCAGCCUGAUAGUGAGCGGGAAGGUCUAUCAGUGGGAGGACCCUGACCCCAAGCUCUUCGAGCACCCAGAAGACCUGGGCCCUGCUGAGGCCUUGCCCACCUCCUGCCUGACCCAGGCAGACAUCUAUAAGGAGCUGCGGCUGCAUGGCUAUGACUACGGCCCCCACUUCCAGGGCAUCCUCGAGGCCACUCUUGAAGGCAAUUCAGGCAAGCUGCUCUGGAAGGACAACUGGGUGACCUUCCUGGACACAGUACUACAGAUGUCCAUCUUGAGCUCAGGCCACCACAGCCUGCACCUGCCCACCCGCAUCACUGCCGUGCACAUUGACCCUGCCAGCCACCUGCAGAAAGUGUGUGCACUGCAGGGGGAGACCCAAGGGGCUGACGUGGUGGUGGAUCACCAUCUGAAGACCAUGGUCGCUGGCGGCGUCCAUAUCAUGCAGCUGCACACCACGGCGGCCCCGCGGCGGCAGCACGAGCAGCUGACCCCCAUCCUGGAGAAGUUCUGUUUCUCGCCCCACCUGGAAACAGGGUGCCUGUCCCAGAGAGCUGAGCUUCAGGAGGAGAUGGAGCUGUGCAAAGGACUGGCACAGGCACUACAGGCCAGGGCAGCCCAGCCAGGGCUGAAGACGUCGGUGCUUGGGCUGGACGGGGCCCGGGAGCCCCCACAGCAGGGACUGUCUCGGCUGCUGGCCGCUGCCUGCCAUUUGCAGCUCAAUGGCAACCUGCAGCAGGAGCUGGGCCAAGCACUGGUGCAGGAGAAGGCCCUGCUGCCCGAGGACGCCCUGCUCAGUGGCCUCCUCGACUCCAUAGCACUGAAGGCCUGUGUGGACACAGCCCUGGAGAACUUGCCCAGCCUCAAGAUGAAGGUGGUGGAGGUGCUGGCUGGGGACGGACACCUGUACUCCCGCGUCCCGGCUCUGCUCAACACCCAGCCCAUGCUGCAGCUGGAUUACACGGCCACAGACCGCCAGGCGCAGGUGCUGGAGGCCGCCGCCCCCUUAAUGCAGCAGUACGAGGUGGCACAGGGCAAGUGGGACCCCGCGGACCCUGCCCCUAGCAGCCUGGGCAUGGCCGAUCUGCUGGUGUGCAACUGUGCUGUGGCCUCCCUGGGGGACCCAGCCUUGGCCCUGGGCAACAUGGCAGCUGCCCUCAAGGAGGGAGGCUUCUUGCUACUUCAUGCCGUGCUCAGGGGGCAUGCUCUUGGAGACAUCCUGGCCUUACUCAGCUCAGAGCCACAGCACGGGCCCAGCCUCCUGAGCCAGGACGAGUGGGAGAGUCUCUUCUCCAAGACUGCACUGCACCUUGUCGGCCUCAAGAAGUCCUUCUACGGCUCUGUGCUCUUCCUGUGCCGCCGGCCUGCCCCACAGGACAGCCCCAUCUUCCUGCCCGUGGAGGACACCAGCUUCCGAUGGGUGGACUCCCUGAAGGGCCUUCUGGCAGAGUCCUCCUCCCAACCUGUGUGGCUGACCGCCACCGGCUGCCCCACCUCCGGCGUGGUGGGCCUGGUGAACUGUCUCCGCAAAGAGCCUGGUGGGCACCGGAUCCGGUGCAUCCUGCUGUCCAACCUCAGCAGCACGUCCCCCAUCCCCAAGGUGGACCUUGGAUCCACAGAACUGCAAAAGGUGCUGCAGGGUGACCUCGUGAUGAACGUGUACCGCGAUGGAGCCUGGGGUGCUUUCCGCCACUUCCCACUGGAGCAGGACAAGCCCGAGGAGCAGACGAGGCACGCCUUUGUGAACGUCCUCACCCGGGGGGACCUCUCCUCCAUCCGCUGGGUGUGCUCGCCCCUGAGGCACGUGCAGCCCAGCAGCCCUGGGAUGCAGCUCUGCACCAUCUACUACGCCUCACUCAACUUCCGAGACAUCAUGCUGGCCACGGGCAAGCUUUCCCCCGACGCCAUCCCAGGGAAGUGGGCCAACCGGGACUGCAUGCUGGGCAUGGAAUUCUCGGGCCGCGAUGCCUGUGGCCAGCGUGUGAUGGGGCUGGUGCCUGCCGAAGGCCUGGCCACCUCCAUCCUGGUGUCCUCCCAAUUCCUCUGGGAUGUGCCUUCUGGCUGGACCCUGGAGGAGGCAGCCUCCGUGCCCGUCGUCUAUUCCACGGCCUACUACGCCCUGGUGGUGCGCGGGCGCAUGCAGCGCGGAGAGACGGUGCUCAUCCACUCGGGCUCUGGCGGCGUGGGCCAGGCAGCCAUCGCCAUCGCGCUCAGCAUGGGAUGCCGCGUCUUCACCACCGUGGGCUCGGCGGAGAAGCGGGCGUACCUCCAGGCCAGGUUCCCCCAGCUGGAGGACUCCAGCUUUGCCAACUCCCGGGACACGUCAUUUGAACAGCACGUGCUGCGGCACACAGCUGGGAGAGGCGUCGACCUGGUCCUGAACUCCCUGGCGGAGGAGAAGCUGCAGGCCAGCGUGCGCUGCCUGGCUCAACAUGGCCGCUUCCUGGAAAUCGGCAAAUUCGACCUUUCUAACAACCACCCUCUGGGCAUGGCCAUCUUUCUGAAGAACGUCACCUUCCACGGCAUCCUGCUGGACGCGCUCUUUGAGGACGCGGGCGCCAGCUGGCAGGAAGUGGCAGGCCUCCUGCGGGCAGGCAUCCGCGAUGGCGUGGUGCAGCCCCUCAAGCGCACCGUGUUCUCCAAGGCCCACGUGGAGCAGGCCUUCCGCUAUAUGGCCCAGGGGAAGCACAUUGGCAAGGUCCUCGUGCAGGUGCACGAGGAGGACCAGGAGCCUGUGCUUCAGCGGCCACAGCCCACCCUGAUGGCAGCCGUCUCCAAGACCUUCUGCCCGGCCCACAAGAGCUACGUCAUCGCAGGGGGCCUGGGUGGCUUUGGCCUUGAGCUGGCGCAGUGGCUGGUGACGCGGGGUGCCCGGAAGCUUGUGCUGACCUCGCGCUCUGGGAUCCGCACAGGCUUCCAGGCCAAGCGGGUCAGUGAGUGGAGGCGCCAGGGCAUCCAGGUGCUGGUGUCCUCCAGCGAUGCCAGCUCACUGGAGGGGGCCCGGGCCCUUGUCACGGAGGCUGCACAGCUGGGGCCCAUCGGAGGUGUCUUCAACCUGGCCAUGGUCUUGAGGGACGCCAUGCUGGAGAACCAGACCCCAGGGCUCUUCCAGGACGUCAGCAAACCCAAGUACAGCGGCACCCUGAACCUGGACAGGGUGACCCGGGAAGCCUGCCCUGAGCUGGACUACUUCGUGGCCUUCUCUUCGGUGAGCUGUGGCCGCGGCAACGCUGGCCAGAGCAACUACGGCUUCGCCAACUCCACCAUGGAGCGCAUCUGUGAGCAGCGCCGUCACGAGGGCCUCCCAGGCCUCGCCGUGCAGUGGGGUGCCAUUGGAGAUGUGGGCAUUGUCCUGGAGGCCAUGGGCACCAAUGACACCGUCGUCGGCGGCACACUGCCCCAGCGCAUCACCUCCUGCAUGGAGGUGCUGGACCUCUUCCUGAGCCAGCCACACGCCGUCCUGAGCAGCUUUGUGCUGGCUGAGAAGAAGGCCCUGGCCCGCGGCAGUGCCAAGGGCCAGCAGGACUUGGUGGACGCCGUGGCCCACAUUCUGGGCAUUCGAGAUCUGGCUGGGAUCAACCUGGACAGCUCCCUGGCAGACCUGGGGCUGGACUCGCUCAUGGGCGUGGAGGUGCGGCAGACCCUGGAGCGGGAGCACGACCUGGUGCUCUCCAUGCGUGAGGUGCAGCAGCUCACGCUGCGGAAGCUACAGGAGCUGUCCUCCCAGACCCACCAGUCCUCUGAAGUGGCAUCCUCCAAAUCCAAGGUGGUCAGCCCAGCCCGGCAGCAGGCCCAGCUGAACAUGAGCACUCUCCUGGUGAACCCCGAGGGCCCCACCUUAACUCGGCUCAACUCGGUGCAGAGCUCCGAGCGGCCCCUGUUCUUGGUGCACCCCAUAGAGGGCUCCACCACUGUGUUCCACAGCCUGGCCGCUAAGCUCAGCGUGCCCACCUAUGGCCUGCAGUGUACCCGAGCUGCUCCACUGGACAGCAUCCAGAGUCUAGCUGCCUACUACAUCGACUGCAUCAAGCAGGUGCAGCCCGAGGGGCCCUACCGGGUGGCCGGCUACUCCUAUGGGGCCUGUGUGGCCUUCGAGAUGUGCUCCCAACUGCAGGCCCAGCAGGGCCCAGCCCACCACAGCCUCUUCCUGUUUGACGGCUCACAUGCUUACGUGGUGGCCUACACCCAGAGCUAUCGAGCAAAGAUGACCCCUGGCUGCGAGGCGGAGGCGGAGGCCGAGGCCAUGUGCUUCUUCGUGCAGCAGUUCACUGAUGCUGAGCACAGCAAGGUGCUGGAGGCCUUGCUGCCACUGAAGGGCCUGGAGGAGCGCGUGGCUGCCGCCGUGGACCUCAUCACCAGGAGCCACCAGGGCCUGGACCGCCAGGAACUGAGCUUCGCAGCCCUGUCCUUCUACCACAAGCUCCGCGCCGCCGAGAAGUACACGCCCAAGGCCAAGUACCACGGCAACGUGACCCUGCUGCGGGCCAAGACGGGCGGCGCCUACGGGGAGGACCUGGGCUCCGAUUACAACCUCUCCCAGGUGUGUGACGGGAAGGUGUCGGUGCACGUCAUCGAGGGCGACCACCGCACGCUGCUAGAGGGCAGCGGGCUGGAGUCCAUCAUCAGCAUCAUCCACAGCUCCCUGGCCGAGCCACGCGUGAGUGUGCGGGAGGGCUAGGUCCUGCCCCUGUCCUCGCCCUCACCGAGACCACCACACCCCCACCACACCUGGUGCACGGGGGCUGCUGGAGAGGGUCCUGCUGGUGGGACCCCGCCUGUGGCCCAGCACCACCGCCUCCCCUAGCGGCUGCUAGGAGUAGGACCAUCACACAUGCCCCACCUGCCCACCCCCUCCAGGGUGGGCCAGGGGACCCAGAGCCGCUGACUCGGAGACACCUGAUCUGUGAAGAGCCAGCGGGCCGGCAGGAGCCGGGCUGAGCCUUUUUGUAUCUGUGUGGGGUUCGCCACGCUGGUUGGAUAGUUGUUUCUCCAUUUAAAUUCUCAUAUUUAUUGUAUUGCUGGGAAGGACCCCUGAGGGCUCACCCCAACUCUGAAUAUGGCAGGAGCCACCUUGGGCAAACUUCCAGGAAGCACCAGACCUGCUCUGUGUCUCCCAUGCACAGGGGUGGCUGCCCAGACCCACGGGCUGGAGCCCCCAUGCCAGUCCCUGCUCCUUCUGCCCACCGCAGGGGAGGGCGGGACCCCCAGGGAACCAGGUCUCCAGCAGGUGCAGUAGCCUGUGGCCCCUGGGUCCCCAGCACCCCCGGCUGCACCCAUGAUGCAGGGCCUACCUCAUGGCCCUGCGGACCGCGCCGGGCACCAGCUCUUCACUUUCCAAGAAAUGACUCGGAUGGCUGCUUGGGUUUUGAAAUUGUAACUGUCAGCGUACGGGACCAUGUCUGGAUUUUGUUCCAUUUUUACACCAACUUGGUAAAUGCUGCUCUUGACCUCCUGUUACCCAAGCCUCCCCACAAUUAAACCGCACAUGAACGCUGA